UACUAUCCCAGCAUGCAAUGUUUUUGAAGCGGCAAUGAAACCCCAGCGUGCAAAAUUGGACCAAAAAUAAAGUAGGCACAAUAACGUUAGUUGCCUUAUAGGCAAAAUAUUUCAAGAUAGUUUGGCAUCAAAAGUAACACCAACGGUUCGUGCUUGGCUGUGGAGGGACGUGCACUUGAAAGAUGUCUUUGGUUUGCGCAAUUUCCAAUGAGGUCCCGGAGCACCCCUGCGUGUCCCCGGUGUCCAACCAGGUGUUCGAGCGCCGACUGAUCGAGAAGUUCAUCGCGGAGAAUGGAGUUGACCCCAUGAACGGCCAACCACUGUCCGAGGAGCAACUUAUCGAUAUUAAAGUGUCUCAUCCUAUCCGACCAAAGGCUGCCUCCGCUACCAGUAUUCCUGCCAUACUCAAGUCUCUGCAAGAUGAGUGGGAUGCGGUGAUGCUCCACAGUUUCACUCUGAGGCAGCAGCUGCAGACGACUCGCCAGGAGCUCUCUCACGCCCUCUACCAGCAUGACGCAGCCUGCAGAGUCAUCGCCCGUCUCACAAAGGAGGUUACUGCAGCUAGAGAGGCCCUGGCCACACUCAAGCCCCAAGCCGGAUUGGUCGCCCCUCAGGCUAUGCCUGCCUCUCAGCCUGCCACUGGGGGUGCAGGUGGGGAACCCAUGGAGGUUAGUGAGCAGGUGGGAAUGACCCCAGAGAUCAUCCAGAAGCUCCAAGAUAAGGCCACCGUCCUUACCACAGAGCGAAAGAAGAGAGGCAAGACUGUGCCAGAGGAGCUGGUCAGGGCUGAGGAUCUGAGCAAGUACCGACAAGUGGCUUCCCACGCUGGUCUUCAUAGUGCCAGUGUCCCAGGAAUCCUGUGUAUGGACAUCUGUCCUUCAGAUACUAACAAAGUACUCACUGGAGGGGCUGAUAAGAACGUGGUUGUGUUUGAUAAGAAGGAGGAGCAGAUCAUCGCCACCCUCAAGGGUCACACCAAGAAGGUCACCUCUGUCAUCUACCACCCCUCCCAGUCAGUGGUGUUCUCUGCCUCUCCAGACAGCACCAUCCGGGUGUGGUCUGUUACCGGGGGCAACUGUGUCCAGGUGGUGAGAGCUCACGAGGCGAGCGUGACCGGGCUGUCACUUCACGCCACCGGAGACUACCUGCUUAGCUCCUCCGAGGACCAGUACUGGGCCUUCUCUGACAUCCAAACUGGCCGAGUCCUUACCAAAGUCACUGAUGAGGCUGCUGGUGUUGCUCUGACUUGUGCUCAGUUCCACCCUGACGGUCUGAUCUUCGGGACGGGAACAGCUGACUCCCAAAUCAAGAUCUGGGAUCUGAAGGAGCGCACCAACGUGGCCAACUUCCCCGGUCACUCCGGUCCUGUCACCUCCAUCGCCUUCUCUGAGAACGGAUACUACCUGGCCACAGGUGCCCAGGACAGCUCUGUGAAGCUGUGGGAUCUGAGGAAACUGAAGAACUUCAAGACCAUCGCCCUGGACAACAACUACGAAGUUAAGUCUCUGGUGUUUGAUCAGAGUGGUACGUACUUGGCUGUGGGUGGAUCUGACAUCAGGGUGUACAUCUGCAAGCAGUGGUCGGAGGUCCUAAACUUCAGCGACCACUCUGGCCUGGUGACCGGCGUGGCGUUUGGAGACAAUGCUCAGUUCCUUUCCUCUGCCGGAAUGGACAGAAGCCUUAAGUUCUACAGCCUGUAAAUUAGUACAGACAGAUGGAGGAAGUGAAAGAGAGGAUAAGGUCUAGACCUGUGUGACAAAUUUGACUCGGCUGCAGUCGGGUUUGGGGUUUGAGAAAUAUGGACCAGUGAUCCGAAUGUAGUGGGUUGACUGGCCCUAGGCAGGAGCUUUUCAGUCACAUUUACCAGCAGUUGAUGGUCUUAGCAUUUAAAAAAAAAAAAAUACAUUUGUGUUGAUCUGUAGUUAUUUAGGAUCCCAGGGUGGGUGGAGGAACAGGUGCUGAAGUAUUUAGGUUUCCCCUUCAUUUAUUCUCCGUAAAUAACUCCCCAAAUCUCUGUUCUCCUUUGCUGGUUAGACCAACAGUAAUCUUCUGUUGAAAUUGUAUUUUUGUUUUAACUAAAUUCUGUCACAUUGUAUAAGCCAAUUCCCUGUAUUGAUGUGUUCAUCCAUAGCCAGGCGAUCUGACCAGCUUGCUUACACGGUUGGACAGCAUUCUUGUGUAGAUUAAGACACCGCGGAGAUUGAACACUGCUAGUUUUAGUAGCAGAAGCCGCAGCAGCCAUUUUGGAAUGGCAUUUCGUGUUGAACAACAAAGGAGCUGAUUGACUAACACUGUCAUUCCAAAAUGGCUGCUGUGACUUCUGUUACCUAGCAUGAGGACGAAAGGACAGUUUUCCGGAAGAAGUAGCAGUCGUUCACUCUUAGUUUAACAGUUGGGAUAAUGGGACAAUUCAGAGUACAAUGCAUUUCUCAUCCCUGGAUUGAGAUACGUUUUCCGGGCCAUGUCUGGCGCCGGCUCGUCUUAAUCUGCACAGGAAUGCUGUCUGACCCUAGUACAGCUGUAAACAAGCAGGUCGGAUCUGCUGGCUACUUAGUCCCUUGAAUUCUCUUCCACGCUUUUUACACCUCAAUAAAUGAAGUGUUUUAUGUAAAAACA